AUGGUCGACCCUGAUGAGCCGGAGGAGGACGAGUCCAGUGAGAAGAUCAAAGCAGACCUCGACACAGCACAGAACAACAUCGACCUGUUUGACGAGAUGCUGGACUCAUACAACCCCUCGGACGGGCCAUUGGAGGACAAUGAUAUUAUGACAGAGCUGUACCAAUUCCUCAACAAAAUGAGACCACGGCUUAAAAAACUGUGCCAGGACAUGGACGAAGAUGAAGACGUAGAUGGGGUUAUCCCUGUGUUCCGGCGAGUGGACAAUACAUUGGACAAGUACGAAGACAUCGUCGACGGCAAAUGGGACUGCAGUCAGGGCCGAGCGGACAGCCCACGCAAGAGCAACCCCUCACCCGACACCAGAUCCCCACAAGCACAGCAACCCAACAUAGACGACCUUCUGCUCGAUCUGAGCGACGAUACAGCCAUGGCAGCCCCACCCAUGCAAGCACAACCAGCCGCCGGCUCAAUACUCGCAGACGACGACUUCCUGUCAUUGAGCAUGGGGUCUGGACUGGGAUCUGGUCUGGUAUGA